AUGAAGGUUCCGUGGCCAGCAGCCUUCGAGGAUGGGGAUGUGCGGAUGUUCCUGGAGGAGUUCGAGGAUGUGGCGGAGUUGGCCGGAAUACGGACGGAUCGCGGCAAGUUGACGGCCCUCCGAGCGCUCCUCAAGGGUCGUGCGCGGGCGGUGUUGGACGCGGCACGAAGAGGCCCGGAGAAAAUGGAGUGGGCCGCCGCGAAGGACGCCCUGAUCGCAGGCUUUGACACCCCGGCCGACCGCCAGGAGGCACUCCGUCGCUUCAAGACGGCGCAGCUCGGACCUGAACCAGGUCGUAAGCUCAAACGAAUGGAAAACGGCGGAGGUUAUUCCCGUAUCCAAACCUGGACGACGGGAGUCGCCCGGGAAUUACCGGCCGGUGAGUCUUCAAUGCAUCUUACUGAAAGUGAUGGAGAAAUGCUCAAUGAACGUCAUGGCCAGCCAUCUAUUCCAGCACCAACUGGUGGCACUGCAUCAGCACGGGUUCGUCAACAGCAAUUCUGA